UGAACAAGGAAUUGAGUGUUCCCCUCCAAAAUGUGAUGCAGGCUGCACCAUCGACUCUUCAACUAAACCGUGUCCCAGUUGCUCUUGUCAGUCAGAAACUUCAUCCACGAGAAUGUGUUCCCCUCCAAAGUGUGAUCCAGGCUGUACCAUCGACUAUUCAACCAAACAAUGCCCUAUCUGUUCUUGCCGUUCCACAGGUUAUGAACGUUACCUAGAUGGACUCCGUUGUUCCACCCAAUGUGAUGUACCAAGAUGUCGAGUGGAUUACACUGCUAGACCUUGUCCGGCUUGCGUGUGCGACGACGAUGACAAAACUUUACCCACAAUUAUGUGUUCUCCACCCAAAUGCGAUCCAGGCUGCACCAUCGACUACUCCACUAAACCAUGUCCCAGUUGUUAUUGUCAACCAGGAGGUCCACCUAGAAUAAUGUGUUCCCCUCCAAAAUGCGAUCCAGGUUGUACCAUCGACUACUCCACUAAACCAUGUCCCAGUUGUAAUUGUCAACUAGGAGGUCCACCAAGAAUAAUGUGUUCCCCUCCAAAAUGCAAUCCAGGCUGCACCAUCGACUACUCCACUAAACCAUGUCCCAGUUGUUAUUGUCAACAAGGAGGUAAAAAGAUUCCUGAAAAUUUAUAA